AUGGCUCACCGCAGUAGUUCUAGCUUCAAAAAUUUUAGUUCUUCCUCUAUGCCAAGGAAUGUGUGUAGGCCUACUGUGGGCUCUUCAAGAAGCCACAGUGGCUCAAGGAUGCAGGCCCAGUACAGCAGCAGAAGUGCCUAUAAUGUUGGAGGAACAAGAAAAAUUUCUGUUGCAGGUUGUAAUACAGGAAUGAGUGCAUAUGGGGGAGCUGGUAUGGGUGGUGGAUAUGGUAGUGGUAUGGGUUCUGGCUUGGGCAGAUCUGUUUUUGGAGGUGCUGGUUUUGGUGGAUCUUCCUUUGGACCAAGUGGAUAUGGAACCAUUACAAACGUAACUGUCAACCAAAGUCUUCUGACCCCCUUGAAUUUGGAGAUUGAUCCAAAUAUCCAGAAAGUACGGAAAGAGGAGAAGGAACAGAUCAAGUCACUGAACAACAAAUUUGCUUCUUUUAUUGACAAGGUGCGAUUUUUAGAACAGCAGAAUAAGAUGUUGGAGACAAAAUGGGCUUUCCUACAAGAGCACAAAAAUGUGAAAAGCAAUAUUGAACCACUUUUUGAGAACUACAUAACCAACCUCAGACGCCAGUUGGAUUCUUUCGUAUGUGAGAAGUCACGACUUGAAGGAGAAAAGAGGACUAUGGAAGAGUUAGUUGAAGAUUUCAAGAGAAAGUACGAAGAUGAACUCAACAAGCGUACAACAGCAGAAAAUCAAUUUGUAGUACUGAAACGGGAUGUUGAUGCAGCAUUUAUGAGCAAAACUGACUUACAAUCAAAGGUUGAUUCCUUGACUGAUGAGAUCAACUUCACAAGGGCCAUUUAUGAGAUGGAAAUUUGCCAACUGGAAUCUCAAAUAUCUGACACUUCAGUUAUUGUGUCGAUGGAUAACAGCAGAGACCUUGAUAUGGAUUGUAUCAUCAAUGAAGUCAAGGCCCAAUAUGAAGAGAUUGCCAAGAACAGCAGAGCUGAGGCUGAAUCCUGGUAUCAAUCAAAAUAUGAAGAGCUAAAGAAUGCAGCAGGAAAGCAUGGAGAUGAUCUGAGAAACACCAAAAACGAAAUUGCCGAUCUCAACAGACUUAUUAACAGACUCAAAGGAGAGAUCGAAAAUGCAAAGGCUCAGAAAGCCAAACUUGAGGCUGCCAUAGCUGAGGCUGAGGAGCGUGGAGAGAUGGCUGUCAAGGAUGCCAAAGAAAAACUCUCCGAACUUGAGGAUGCUCUACAGAAGGCCAAGCAGGAUAUGGCCCGUCAACUAAGAGAGUACCAAGAACUGAUGAAUGUUAAACUGGCUCUGGAUCUUGAGAUCGCCACCUACAGGAAACUGUUGGAAGGAGAAGAGUGCUGGAUUUCUGGAGAAUGUGCUGGCCCUGUUAAAAUAUCUGUUGUUUCAUCUACCAUUGGAAGUUCAGCCAGUGCAGGUGGCAUGCACCAUGAAGGAGGAAUGAGCUCUAGUGGUGGAGCCAGCAUCAGUGGAGGAAUGAGUGGCGGCCGCUACAGUGGCGGAAAUACUGCUAGUUCUGUCAGUGGAAAUACCAGCAGAGGAUACAGCUCUGGGUCAGGAUAUAACAGCAACUCAACUAUGACCACAACUAGAACAACCUCAUCAACUACCAGAAAAAUGUAA